CUAAUCCUCCAUAUUUAUUUUAUAUAAGCAGUGACGUGAUACAAAAUUCAAAAACCCAUGAAAAAACAGAGCUGAAGAUUCUACCCAUCUACCCCUAUUUAUUCAAAGAUGGUCGGAAGGCAAGGCAGCAAGAAACUCAGAGAUAGAAUGGAUGGUUCUACCGAUAAUUCUAAGCCACACAUAGUUCUGUUUCCUUUCAUGUCGAAAGGCCACACCAUCCCAAUUCUCCACCUCGCCUGCCUGCUACACCAGCGCGGCGUACGCAUCACCAUCUUCACUACCCCGGCAAAUCGCCCCUUCAUUUCUCACUUUCUUUCCGGCCUUGAUACCAAUCAUGUUUCCAUUGUCGACCUCCCAUUCCCUGAUAACUUACCAGGCAUUCCACCGGGUGUCGAAAGCACUGACAGGCUACCAUCCAUGUCUCUAUUCAUUCCCUUUGUUAACGGCCUAAAGCAGAUGCAACCCAUGUUCGAGAAGGAACUUGAGACUAUUUGUUCCAUCACCUGCUGCAUCAUAUCAGAUGGCUUCCUCCCCUGGACCCUACAAUCAGCGUUGCGGUUCGGCAUCCCUCGGCUUAGCUACAUGGGAAUGAACUACUACACCUCUGCAGUCUGCCACGACGCAGCUGCAAAUGGCUUGUUCACACUACACGAGUCUGAUGAUGAGCCCUUCACGCUCACUCAAUUCCCCUGGAUCAAGCUUUCAAGGAACGACUUCGACCAUCCUUUUGAUAAACAAGAUCCAAGAGGUCCGCAUCUAGAUUUCAUCGUUGAGUCAAUGGAAGCUAUGGAUCGAAGCCAGGGCAUGCUGAUGAACAGCUUCGACGAACUCGAGGAAAUGUACGCGGACUACUUGAACCGCAACACUCAAGUUAAAUAUUGGAGCAUUGGACCCCUCUGCCUGGCAAAGCCACCAAGAGCAGAGCUUCCACCAAGCCACCGAUCGAAAUGGAUGCAGUGGCUCGACAAGAAGGGAAACCAGGGUUACCCGGUCCUCUAUGCUGCCUUUGGGUCUCAAGCUAGAGUACCGCUGGAACAAUUGAGAGAAAUAGUGAUUGGCUUGGAAGACUCUAAUGUAAGCUACUUGUGGGUAGUGAAGAAGAGUGAAUUAGAGCAAAAUGGCGCCUUGGUAGACAGGGUCAGCGAAAGAGGUAUCCUAGUAAACGAAUGGGUUGAUCAAAGGGAGAUUCUUGAACAUCCUGCAGUGCAGGGGUUCUUGAGCCACUGUGGGUGGAACUCAGUUUUGGAAGGAAUUUGUGCAGAGGUACCCAUCCUGGCAUGGCCAAAGAUGGCCGAACAAUACCUAAAUACGAAGGUGGUUGUAGAGGAGAUUCAAAUUGGUUUAAGGGUCAAUACGGUUGACAAGUCUCCAAAAGGAUUUGUUACUGGGAAGAGCUUGAAGGAAACAGUGAGAGAGCUGAUGGAGGGAGAAAAGGCGAAUGAACUGAGGAAGAGGGUGAAGGAGGUAGCUGCAGCUGCAAGGAAAGCUAUGGCAGAAGGUGGAUCUUCAUGGCAUAGUUUGAACAAACUCGUAGCUGAGUUACAAGAGCAAAAGGAAAACAGAGCUUCUAAGCUCAACCAAUAGGGGAAGAUAUUCGUUAUUCUUCCCAGAAACUAUUUAUUGUAGCACUAGCAAAAAGAAAUAUGCCAACAUAUUUAUUGAAUGAGAUACUUAUGAGAAAAGUUUCCAUCCUACAUCGACGAAGUAAACUCCAUCAACUGUAGAAGAUCAGUCGAAUAUGGUGGUCCUUCAGCUAACUAUGCGAUUUUUGUGCAAAAGCAGCAGGGAGAGAGAGAGAGAGAGAGAGAGAGAGAGAGAGAGAGAGAGAGAGAGAGAGAGAGAGAGAGAGAGAGAGAGCUCUCCCUGUAA